AUGGACGACCCAACUGUGUCGGCUUCUAAAACGACUCAUGAGCAACCGUCGAACUCGUCGCAUUUAAUCGCUGAUCGAAUUUUCGAUGUCCUCACAUUCAGUUAUUCCGCAGCGUUCAAGCAUCACACACGUAAUCCCAUUAAUCAUAUCACGGAAAACCAAGACUAUUGGGCACACAAAGACGCAGUGAUCAAGGCAUUAGCUCGAUUUCGUCAAACCAAAUCUGAGGAGCUAAAGUUUGUUCAAGGAGCUGCAGCUCUGUGUGGCGGAGCCGUCAUUGGCGUGUUCUCGUGGCCUUCGACGGAAAGGACUGUGUGGGCAGCGAAGAUGCUGUGGAAUUGGAGUCUGUUUCUGUCCACCUUUGCCCUCAUCAGCUCGGCGCACCAACGUUUGCUUCGAUACCUGCCGGAGAAAGAUGAUGAGCCGUUCGAUGAGAGGAGGUUGAUAGAGGCUUUGAGUCUUUUCCUACGACCUCCUGUCCCGCGGGGCAACAAUACUUUCGGUCGGCGGAGAAGUAACAAGAUGCUCUGGUUUUGGCAGUGCCCAAUCAUGCUCAUGAACUACUCAUGGGUCCUGUUUCUCUUAGGAUAUACUUUACAUCUAUUAACGCCUGUUUUUGACCCGUCGCAAGCAGAAAUGUCACUAACGGCUGCUAUUAUAACUGUCUGUGGCUGCGGAUUAGUUGUAAUUAACUUCGUUUUCUGUGCUGGAAUUUGUCAACAUCGUCUUUUGAGAGCCCAAAAUUGGCGUUCGAAAGGCAUACCACGAGCACCAAUGGUAUAA